AAAAAAGUAAAGAAGCAAUGUCUGCUCCUCUAACGGGUCUCAAGGUACUAGAGAUUGCGGGUUUAGCACCCGCGCCGUUUGCUGGAAAGAUCCUAGCAGACUUUGGUGCGGAUGUGGUCCGCAUCGACCGUUGGACAUCCGUCAUGAAUUUGGAUGUCCUUGCACAGAACAAACGAUCCAUCGCCCUUAACCUCAAAUCACCCGCCGGUAUUGAGGCUCUGAUUCGUCUCUGUGAAAAGGCUGAUGUCAUCAUUGAACCCUUCCGUCCCGGUGUUAUGGAACGUCUUGGUCUUGGACCUGAUGUCCUCUUGAAACGGAACCCUCGAUUGAUCUAUGCCAGGAUGACAGGAUUUGGACAGGAAGGGCAUUAUGCCAAAAUGGCUGGACAUGAUAUCAAUUACCUCUCCAUCUCUGGUAUCUUGAAUACACUGGGGAGACAUGACGAAAAGCCUGCUUUCCCAAUUAAUCUUCUAGCAGAUUUUGCGGGUGGUGGACUUAUGUGUGCAUUAGGAGUCCUUUUAGCUCUCCAGGAGAGAGCACGUUCUAAUAAGGGUCAAGUUGUGGAUGCCGCCAUGAUCGAUGGUGUAUCCUACAUUGGAUCAUUUGUCUACAAUAUGCACAAGACCGGUGCUCUGUUCCAAACCCCUCGUGGCACAGGUCAAUUGGACGGUGGCGCCCCUUUCUAUGACACUUACAAGACAAAGGAUGGACUCUAUAUGGCCGUGGGUGCAAUUGAAUCGGAAUUCUAUAAAGUCUUACUCCAGGGACUCGGAUUGGAUGCAGAGAAAGAUAAAUUACCCGAACAGAUGGAUACAAACAGUUGGCCCAAAAUGAAGGAGCUAUUCACCAAAACCUUCUCAACCAAGACACAGGCAGAAUGGGUCAAGAUCUUUGACCAGACCGACGCAUGUGUGACCCCAGUGUUGGAUUAUUAUGAGAUGCCAACACCAGCACCUGCGCCUAAACUUCAAAGAACACCUGCGAUCAAACAGACAAAGGAACAAGAGAUGUUUUUAGAGGUGGGUGGGCAAAGCAAGGCUAUCCUGGAAGAAGCAGGGUUUUCAGAGGAGGAGAUUCGAGAUCUAGUGGCCAAGAACGCAGUUACAGGAGUGGGACUAGAAAAGACGUCACUGUAGUAAAUAAAAUGAAUCACUUUGCAGCCACUCAGCGUUAAUGCAUUCUGUCA